GCCACAUGCCCAAAUCUUUCCCUCCACGCUGCCUCCAGACUCCAGAGCGGUUUCGGAGUUAGUUCGGGCGAAUCGGGCCUUCUUCUUCCACGGCCAUUCGGAUUUCGGCAUCUCGGCUUAGAGAUCUUGCUCGGUUAGUCGGUUCACGAUUCGCCUUCGUCGUCCACUGCGACGCCGGGUCUCCGGCUCCCUUUUGUGCGUAAGUUUUCCUCACCUUCACGCCUGUUUUCAGACGAGUGAGUACUGAGGACUGCGGUUUCGAGCUACCAUUCUUCUUUGACGGCCUUCUCCGGUAGUUUCUAGCCGAAUUUAAGUGUCACUAGGAGUAUUAUGGAGAUUUUGCAGACUUUAUGUUCUAGACAAGCUUCAAACUUUUCUCCUGAGUUCUUACUCGAGCUAUUGUGCUCCUUGGCGCACUUUAUACCUGAAAAGGAGAAAUCAGCUGAUGGCUUGGCAUCUGUAGCACGCCUACUAAAUUUGGGAACCAAAAGAGUAUUUAGUUUAAAUAGGAAUAUGUGUGUUGUGAAGCUUCCAAUAAUCUUUAAUUCCCUCGGAGAAAUUUUGGCUGGUGAGCAUGAGGAAGCUAUUUUUGCUGCGACAGAGGCACUGAAGAGUUUAAUAUAUUCUUGCCUUGAUGAGAAUUUGAUCAAGCAAGGAAUUAAACAGAUAAACCUGAAUCUUGGAGGAGGAUUAAGGAAGUCUGGUCCCACAAUCAUUGAAAAGAUAUGUGCUAUUAUAGAAGGCUUUCUUGAUUUCAGGUACAAUGCUGUGUGGGAUGUGGUUUUUCAGGUCAUCUCUGCUGCAUUUGAUCAACUAGGGAGACAUUCAGCAGAGCUGAUGGCGGGAGUAAUGAGGAAUCUUGCUGAUAUACAAAGCUAUCAUGAUGAUGGAUUUUCUUAUAAAAAGCAGGUCUGUCUGCACCAUUCGGUUUUCAAAUGUAUGUGUAUUAUCUUUUUCUCUAGUUUUUUUUCUUGCUGUACUAUGCUUAGUAUGUUAAAUAAAUAAUGCUGACCAUAUCACAUAGGAAGUUUGUAGGGUCGGUAAUUUUUACUGGAUUUUUCAAGCAA